AAACGCAGGGCUGCGGUAGGGUAAGAAUAGCACUCAAACACAAAGGAAACGUCGGACGCUGACUAGCAACAGUACUGAAGUAAUAGCAGGAUAUAACUAAGAAAGCAAAAAGAGGGGUCGUAAACAGACGUCUGGACACACGACCUCAGUGUUGCUCAACGGCCGUCGUGCGGGAGACGAGCGGUUAGGGCGCGGCUGCCGUCAUCAGAGGGAGAAACUUCCAUGCGCAAGUCGAACGAUCAGGAGAACGACUCCGCGUUCACGGCCGACAUAGUCCUGGCUGUACGCGAGGGAUGGGGCCAAUUCCGGGGCAUGGAUGGGCCCUUGUUGCUGUCCCGCACUGUCGCAAACUUCUCUCGUGAUGUGGAUCGAGGGUGGAGUGCUGCUCGUCACGGCGGCGCUACUGCCAGCCACAAACAUCCCGACUUGUUUUCGAGAAGGAGCUGCAGCACACCAGACAUCACCGUCAUGCGUGAGGGCGGGUCGCAGUUAUCGCAGUGCAUCUUGGCCUGUCGACCUGGCUGUCAGUCUCCAAGGUACUGGAAGAACGUCUGCUACGGUGUAGUUCACGCAACCUCCGGCAUCUCGAAUCUCGGCUUUGCUGUGCUCAAAUCUCAUCGUUGCGCUAACCGGAAAACAUAUCCCGGCUACGAUCUCGAGAUCUCCAGGAUUGAGGACGCAGACCCUAGAUCUCGGGGCUACACCUCGCUUCUGACAGCGACACAGAACACCAGAGAUCCAGAGAGGGCGUCCUUGACCUAAUAGACUGAUUGAAAGGAGACCUCGUGAAGGAUGAUCUUGUCGCUGUCAUCAGCAACACCACCACCUCCUGCCCACCUGUGCAUGUUUACGAGAGCACUGUCCUUGCAGCGGCAGAGGAGGAUUGUCGCAAUCAUCAACCAUGUCAAAACCGUGUCGCGAAGCAAUAAAAGGCGUUGAAAGGUCUGGAGAUGCUGUAGAAUAAUGGGCUUGCACGACGGUCAAGGUUGUGCCUGCCCAUAAAGGAAGAUCUUUCCUUGCUGACGACGCAAUUGACGACGCAGCUUUCACAACUCCCCACUCUUACUCAUCGCCGCCAGUCUAUUGAUGUGUUGCCUGUUACAACUCGAUGAUGUUUACCUUCCACAAACCGUC